UUGCCCAGACACCCCACUACCAUCGACUCAUCGAGUGACCCCUCAUACCCAUCGUCUCGUAGUUUCACACACGCCCAUCCUUUCAUCUUUGAUUUCUUCUCUCCUGAGUUCAAUCAAGCAAGAUAAUCUUCGCACCCACUGCACCUCUGCAAGUGCGAGUAGUGACCCUACAAUCUUUUCUUGAUCUGCGCGAAGAGAUCAGAAGAUGAGAGCUGGGGGCUGCACGGUGCAGCAGGCGCUGGCGCCGGAGGCGGCGGUGGUGGUGAAGCAGGCGGUGAGCCUUGCGCGGCGCCGCGGGAACGCGCAGGUGACGCCGCUGCACGUGGCCAGCGCCAUGCUGCACCAGCAGCCGCCGACGGCGGCAGCGGCGUCACCGUCGACGGGGCUCCUGCGCACGGCCUGCCUCCGGUCGCACUCGCACCCGCUGCAGUGCAAGGCCCUGGAGCUCUGCUUCAACGUCGCGCUCAACCGCCUCCCGGCCUCAGCGUCGCCGCUCCUCGGCGGGCACGGGCACGUCUACUACCCGCCGUCCCUCUCCAACGCGCUCGUCGCCGCCUUCAAGCGCGCGCAGGCGCACCAGCGCCGGGGCUCCGUCGACACGCAGCAGCAGCCGGUGCUCGCCGUCAAGAUCGAGCUGGAGCAGCUCGUCAUCUCCAUCCUCGACGACCCCAGCGUCAGCCGCGUCAUGCGCGAGGCCGGCUUCUCCAGCACACAGGUCAAGGCCAACGUCGAGCAGGCCGUCUCUUCCAUCGAAGCAAACAACUCAUCCUCAACCACGGCCGCCGCCGCGUCACAAAACCCUAACCCUAGUGCAGCAGUUCCAUCUGAAGAGUCCAAACCUAGCAAGCUGCUAGCUCUCGAUCAAGUGCGCGACGAGGACGUCGCGGCGAUCCUGGACUGCCUGGCCUCCCGGAGGAAGAGGCGUGUCAUGGUCGUCGCCGAGUGUGCGGCCGCCGCCGAGGCGGCCACGCGGGCGGCGGUCGACAAGAUCAGGCGCGGCGAGGCCCUCCGCGGCGCGCAGGUGGUCAGCCUCGGCGUGUCCGGGUUCCGCGACCUGCCGAGGAGCGAGGCGGAGCGGCGGCUCGCGGAGCUCCGGUGCGCGGUCAAGGCCGGCGGCGGCAGGGCUGGCGGCGUGGUGGUGGUCGUGGAGGACCUCGCGUGGGCGGCGGAGUUCUGGGCCGCGCGCGGCGACGCGGGGAGAGGGAGGUGGCCGUCGAGCUGCUGCUACUACUGCGCCGUGGAGCACGCCGUCGCGGAGGUGCGCGCCCUGGCGUGCCGCGGCGGUGACGGCGUGUGGCUCGUCGGCUACGGCACGUACCAGGGCUACAUGAGGUGCAGAGCCGGCCAGCCCUCGCUGGAGAGCCUCUGGGGGCUCCAGACGCUCGCCGUCCCUGCUGGCAGCCUCGCCUUGAGCCUCAACUGCGUCGACGACAGUGCAAUGGCUGUCAGUCACCUGUCGAGCAGGGCCAAGUGCGAAGCAAGUAGUGGGAACGGGUCGGCGUCGCGUUGCAUGUCACUUUUGGAUGCCGGUGGCUCCGCCGACCAGCUGACGGCCGUCGUCUCCGCCGCCUGCUGCGGCGACUGCUCCGCCACAAAGUGCGACGCCGCCAAGGAGUUGGCACGAUCGGUCCUUCCAGCGUCGUCCAGCAUUCCUCCUUGGCUCCAACAUUGCCGCAAUCAGGAGCCCUCCCAUUGCAAGAAAUGGAGCUCAACGUGCGGCGACUCGCCGUCUCACCACCGGACGGCACUAAACUUCUCUACGGUGGUGUCGCCGUCCUCCUCGGUCUCCUCGUACGAGCAGCACUACCAUCUGCACCAGUCGUACCAGCGGCCAUGGCUUGUCGCCGGCGCCCAUGAGGCCAAGCACCCGUGGAAGGCCCGCCUCGGUGGCGGCGGCCAGGUCCACGUCGUCGUCGACGACGAGGACGUUAAGCUUGUCAGCGCGCUAAAGGUCAAGUCCCACGACUCGAGCGCGUCCAACGACGGCUCGGUCGACCAGGUGGAGCGCCGCUCCCGGUUCAAGGAGCUCACCGCUGAGAACCUCAAGGUCCUCUGCUCCACGCUGGAAAAGGAGGUGCCCUGGCAGGCGGAGAUCGUGCCCGAGAUCGCGAGCACAGUCCUCCAGUGCCGUUCCGGCAUGGCGAGGAGCUCGAGAGCGGCGGGCGCCAAGGAGGACACGUGGCUGCUAUUCCUCGGAGGCGACGCCGAGGGCAAGGCGAGGGUGGCCAGGGAGCUGGCCUGCCUCGUCUUCGGCUCGCACAAGAGCUUCGUGUCCAUCGGCAACCGCAACACUGCUGCGUCUCCGGCGCGGUCGUCGGACUCCGCCGAGCGGCACCACAAGCGGCCGCGGUUGUUGCCGGAGACGAGCAACGACGGCGGCGUCGAGAGGCUGUACGAGGCCGUGCGCGACAACCCGCACCGCGUCAUCCUAGUGGAGGACGUAGACCAGGCUGGCCAGAUGGGCAUCUUGGAGGCCAUCGAAAGCGGGUUGGUCCGGAGCCAUGGCGGCGACGAGGCUGCCCUCGGCGACGCCAUUGUCGUCCUGAGCUGCGAGAGCUUCGACGCCAGGUCGAGAACCUCCUCCCCACCGACGGCCAAGAAGGCGAAGACCGAGAGCGAGGAGGAGCCCAGAGAGGAAGCCGUCGCCGCUACCUCUGCGUCACCGUCUUCGUCUUGCUUUGAUCUGAACAUGAGCGUGGAGAACGAUGACAUGAAGGAGAGUCGCUUCACGGAUGCCAGCCUGCUCAAGGCGGUGGAUCGGGCGUUCUUCUUCAGACGGCCUGAUGAGAGCAGUGAUUAACUAGUGAUCAGCCAUCAAUGCCAAAUGACCAAUGCUUAACUGUUAUUUCUCACCUUAAUUUGUUCUUUAUUUGUAAUGUUGGUUAGUUUCUUGUAGCUUCUUUCUUUUGUUUUUUUUGUUUGGGAAAGAUCAUUGUGUUGGAAAGAAUGGAGUUUGCAUGAAUCACCCUUGGAUAUGAUUGAGCAUGCUGGGCACUAAUUAAACACAUGUAAAUUCGUGGUUA